GGUCUACAAAUAGGACUGGGACCAGCGGUGCAUCGGGUCAGCCACCAUGGCCCAAUCCAUGUCAGCCUCUCAAGCAUCCAUCGACAUCACCUCCUCCGAGAGACUGUUUCCUAACCCGGACAGCACCUCGGAGCAGAUCAAAGCGCUGUCCCUGCUGGAUGCCAGCACGGUCAACUUCUUAGCCACCUCUGCCGUCUGGCUCUUCCAGGGCCCCGAACAACCAAGCCCCUUCCACCACUUGGUGGAUCAUCUCCGCCAAUCGCUGAGGGUCACCCUCGAUGCUUAUCCACAAUGGUGCGGCCUGCUGAAGGCCAUCACCACCGUCGACGGCCCUCUGGCACCCGGCCAGGAUCAACUCGCGCCUCAUGCCCGGCGGUUCGGCCGCGUGUACGUCCACUAUGGCACCCGUCACGACCCUGGUGUCGAGUUCGUCACCGCACGCACCACGGCCACUCUGGAUGAGCUCCAUCCCUCUUCACGCACCACUUCCCACCCUCUCUGGGACCAGGAAAAGGUUUCCCUAUCGAGCCUUGUCUCCGCAACACCGCUCGUCAACCCGCUGAACCCCCCUGCCAUCCGCGAUGCCGAUGCCGAUGCCGAUGCCGACGCCCUCUCUCCUCCUCCUCCUCCUCCUCCUCCCAUCUUGGCCGUCCAGAUCACCAAAUUGGCCUGCGGCGGAUUCGCGCUCGCCGCCAAGAUCGCCCAUCCGCUAGCGGACGCAAGCUCGUUGGUCCGUUUUGUCAAAGACUGGGCAAGAGUGUGCCGCUCCGUACUCGUGGGCGCGGCCACGCCAGCCCUGCGGUCGGUGUUUGCACCGGAGCAGUUGGACGCCGUAAUCGCAGGCGAUAUCAACGCUGCCAGCCCCGACCAGGCGAUUAUUCAGCGGACAGAGGCCCUCCCGUUCCAUCGCUACGACUGGUGGAAUCCCUCCCCCGACUAUCCCCAGGCCGCGACGGUGCCGGAAGCCUUCCAGAACCAGGAUCUUCCCCCAGCCGGCAAUCCCAUCCCGUGGCGCGAAUGGGACACGAAAGCUCCCGUUUCCCAUUACGUUUUGCAUCUGAGCUCCGACCAAGUCGAGGCUAUUUGGCGUCAGGCCAGCGACGCGUCCCCCACAGCAACAACAACAACAACAAAAACAACAGCUCCCCCUAACCGACUAAGUCGACACGAUGCCGUUCUAGCCCAUAUCUGGGCCAGCGUCAACCGGGCGCGACAGCUGCAGAACGACAGCGGGCCGGUGCACUGCGAUCUGACGUACGGGUUCCGACCGACGUUUCAUCUCGGCGAAGCCUACCUCGGGAACGCAAACGUCAUGGUCAAUGUGGAGAUGACUGGGGCGGAAAUGACGACGACAACCACAACGACGACGACGACUGCAGAUUCAAAAGGUCAACAACAGCCGCACGGCAACCUCCCAACAACAGCCGCGCUGCCGCCCAUCGCGCAGCGCAUCCGCCAAACUCUCACGCGAGUCAGAGACCCGACCCUCCUGGCCGCCCAUCUCCACCGUCUGGCCUACGAAUCCUCCCCGCAGCGCAUCUGGCAGGGCUUCUUGGGCCGCCGUCAUAUCAUGGUGACGACGUGGGCGCGCGCAGGGCUGUAUGAGGUGGAUUUCGGGCUGGGUCCGCUUCGCUACGCGGACGGCAUCCUCGCCAACCUGGAUGGACUGCUCUUGAUUAAAGAGGCGCCACCACCGUCGUCGCCCGGUCGGAGGUCGGAGCUUGUCGGCAACACUACUCAUAACGGCGUCUCUCAGUCUCCGCCGACCUGGACGGAGCAUGGCGUGGAUGUCCAGCUUCAUCUGGCCACGGAGGUUAUGAACCGUUUGAACCGAGAUCCAUUGCUCUUGCCAAGUACAUAGUAUAUCUAGUGUCUAUCAAUAGCCGUUCUAGUACAUUGGAU